UCACCGCAUUGCUUUACGGCAACAUGGCAGCCCGCGUACUCCAGCUGAACCUCGAUCGGCUCUAAGCUGUAUAACUUCAUUAUGGACUCGGCAAAGCAGCGCUCGGCAACGGGGUAACAGUGAAGAUGAUUGUUUUGUGUUUUCGGACCUCUCCCGCGCCGAUUUGCCGCAAGGCCACCGAGUGUUUACUGUCGGCGCGACGUGGGGCUGCGUCCAGCCUGGAAGCGGCGACAUGGCGGCUCGGGCGCGCACCUGUCACCGCGGCAGAUGGACGCGUCAGGACCUUCGGCCUCAGCGGCACUUCGUGUCGUCUCGGUCCGCUUCCGUCGACGUGGUGGAGGCCGUGCAGGACUCUGCUCGUCCUCCGCGGAAGUCGUAGUCGAUUGGCGGUCAACUCCCGAGCGCUACUGUCCACUGGAGGACGAGGGCUCAGUGGGAAGAGCAACCAGGAAGCGUCGGACAAACCGGGGGAAGCGACCACGGUACCCGGACAGGGGCUGUUUAAGUUUAAAGAACUGUAUGAGAACCCAUGGACUGUCCCCAACCUGCUGUGCGUGUGUCGGAUAGUCCUAGCUCCUUUCCUGGGUUACCUCAUCAUCCAGCAACACUUCCACCUCAGCCUUGCGCUCUUCUCACUGGCUGGAGCCACUGACCUGCUGGACGGUUACAUCGCCAGAACGUGGCCCACUCAGAAGUCAGCAUUGGGAAGUGCCCUGGACCCACUGGCUGAUAAAAUCCUCAUCAGCAUUUUAUACAUCAGCCUUACGUAUGCAGACAUCAUACCAGCACCGCUGACGGCUCUGGUGGUUUUCAGAGACAUCGGUUUGAUAGCUGCCGUCUUUUGGGUCAGAUACAAGACUGUGCCGCCGCCGGUGACCCUCAGUAAAUUUUUUAACCCCUGCUACACCACUGCUCAGCUCAAGCCGACACUUUUCAGCAAGGUGAACACAGCCAUUCAACUGGUUCUGGUUGCAGCAUCCUUGGCGGCUCCAGUUUUCCAGUUCACAGAUAGCAUCCUGCUGCAGGGUUUGUGGUUUGUCACCGCCAUGACGACCACAGCGUCGGGCUACAGCUACUGGCACUACGGCCGAAAGACAGUACGGGUGCUAAACACCCGGUCAUCAUGAUGAUGGCAACAACGGCAAACAAGCAAGAGUCGCAGGAGGUCGAGGGAGGCACUAGCCAGACACACGAACGCCGGAUGACAGCCAAGAGAGUGGUGAGAACAAACAAGUGGCUGUUAACGUGUCGCCAUGGCGAUAACUUGUGCAGAUGGUCGGACCGCAGCUCAGUCAUUGGACCUAGUGUAUGUAGAAAGAGCUUUUAUUUUUACAGUCACACAGAUAAUGGUCACAUGUAUGCAUUUCAUUUAUCAAUAAAAUAGAAAAUCCAGUCCUUGCAAUUGUGUCUUGAAGAGUGUAAUUAAUUUCUGAUGCCAAUGCUGACCAGGCACUGUGAUCAUGUUUCAGUGCAAUUGACGAUGGUAGAUGACCAGUCCAUGUGAGCCGGGAGGGGCUGACAGUCAAUGAUAGCUGCCAGUUCUCCCAGUUCAAAUAGACUGGUCAUCUGUCACUGUCAUGGGCAGCCUAAUUAGUUAAAUUAAGCCAAAAUAAAUUAAUGAGUUUGGAUGUUUGCGUAAAAAAAUUGGCACUUAUUGGCACAUUAGGAAUUAUCAGUUUAUUUUAUGAACUGUACAGUGUUAUCCAGGGUGUUCCAAAAUGGUUGACCCCAUUCUAAAUGCUCAUAUCUCGGAAACUACUUGAUGGAUCUUAAUGAAACUAAAUACACUUUAUGCUGAAGGUCAUAAGUUUUAUUGGUUAAAUUUACUAAGAAAAGUACAAAUAUUUGUUGGUUCUAUGACAGAUUUUCAUAAAUGUUCAAUAUGAGCGCCGCCUGUGACGAGUCGAUAUUCGAGCUCGUGCCACACUCGCUGGAGCAUGUCUUCGGUAACAGUUUCCAAUGCAGCUGUAAUUCUCUGUUUCAGUUCAGUUGGUGCCUUCUUUGCAAAAUUUGUGAAGAAGGCACGCUGCACUGUCUUCAGUGACCGAGUCCAAGCAUACUGUAACACUCAAAAUGCCUUUUCUUUUGAAGUGAACGGUAUUUCUUAACCUGAAAAGAUAGAAAUGCCAAGCGUUGCACACAAAAACUCGAAACGUUUCUUCGCAAGCUGUGAAAAUUUGAGGUCAUUCCAACGAAAAUUGUCAAAAUAAUUGGCUUACGAAAUGGGGUCAAACAUUUUGGAACAUCCUGUAUAUCAGUCAGCAUGCUCCUUUUCCAUGUCGUCACACACAGAGAAAAAGAUAUUGUGCUGCCAAAGACUUAAUCUUAAAAUCUUUCACUACUCUUACGAGUUUCCUCCUUACUCCAAAUGACUGGUGUUGUUGCCUACGGCAGUUGGUGAAACCUACCGGAGACAUGUUAUGUAUUCGGUGGUGAUGGGUCUUACUGUGUGGAGGAUUCGGAGCGUGGGUCGAGAAAUCCCUGAAGUAUUUAAUGGAGCUUGUAAUGUAUCAAUGCAUGUGUUCUUUAAGGCCAGUGACGUCACCAAUGACUUUCAAAGUCUUGGUGGAUCAGGAAGUGGUCCGAUAAUUGUCGGGAUUCAUGAACAUAAAAGUAAGGCAUUGGAGCCGCUCACACUUUGUGGGUUUGUGUUGGUGAUAUGGUUUGUGACUGCUAUUUUCCUAUGGAACCUGCAAGAAAGAUUUUUGAAAGAUAUUUUCUCCUAUUUUGGACCAUUUUGAGCUGAAAAAACGGGUGCAAGCAGGUGGAUUGCAUGCCAGGGAAACCUCCCUCGAUCCCUUCAAGAGAGCAAGCAAGCGGCUUUUAGACUAGUGGUUAUCAUGCUCUCCCGUCGUGCUGGCGGCACGGGUUCAAGUCAAGGGUCGCCGACGCAGAUCAGAACCGGUAACGCAGAUCUCUUCCAAUGAGGAGUAUAGACAAGUUGUAAUAUUACAUUUUUAAAAAAUAAUAUUCCACUUGUUUUCUUAUAAUUAGGGCUGUCAAAAUUAUCGCGUUAACGCGCGGUAAUUAAUUUUUUUAAUUAAUCACAUUAAAAUAUUUGACGCAAUUAACGCACAUGUCCCGCUCAGACAGUAUUCUGCCUUUUGGUAAGUUUUUAAGCAAGUUUUUUUGUGCUGUCUAACAGCGAACUCUUGUGGUCGCUUUGCGACAUGGUUUAUUGCUUUCUUGCCAGUUCAAUAUGGCUGCACGACGUCUCGGGCUGACGCCUACGUUGUAAUGUUGUGCUUAUAGGAUCCUUGGACAAGAUUUGUCCGAAAGUAUGGUUGUUGUAAAGAAUGUACAUAUUAUGUUAGUAAGCGAAAUGUUAUAUUUUUUGUAUGAGACGCUUUUUGUUUAUGUUUAGUGAACCUGUAUAGCGUGCUAAGCUAACGUUGUUGCUAAUGCAAUGCUUGUGUACUUUUUUUUGUAGUUUCACUACGGUCUAAAGAGGACAGUGGUUUGAGGCCAUUUUAUUAAUAAAUCAGAUGAAAAAGGAAGAAGUCUGAUUAUUAAGGCGUCGUUCACUAGCUGUCUAGCUUUGGAAAAAGUAGACGCUUCGGAGUGAGGACAGCAUAGCCAGAUUUAAAUGACAGUAGAGUGAAAUGCCCACUACAGUCCUUAUGUACCGUAUGUUGAAUGUAUAUAUCCAUCUUGUGUCUUAUCUUUCCAUUCCAACAAAUUAUUUUACAGAAUAUAUAUAUAAUUUACAAAAAAAUAUGGCAUAUUUUAUAGAUGGUUUGAAUUGCGAUUAAUUGCGAUUAAUUACGAUUAAUUAAUUUUUAAGCUGUAAUUAACUCGAUUAAAAAUUUUAAUCGUUUGACAGCCCUACUUAUAAUCCAAGGUGACGUGUUUUUUGUGUGCCCAGGAAUUUGGGUACAACUUCGCAGUAUAGGGAGAGACACAGGCAUAUAUACUCCAGCCUAUAGAGGCUUGCAGUGGGAUAGUUGUGCACCCCUGCCUCCUCAGAACCAUGCUAAUGAGCUUUCUCAAAAGCUGGAGAGAUUGUGUCCAAGAAGAGAAAACGACUGUGCCACUGUAGAUAAAUUGAUGUUUUUAAACAACAAUCAAUAAAGUGACAACCACAACAGAUAUCCAAUCUUUGUCCAAUCUUUUGAUAACACUUAACAUAUACAUAUCUCAUGUCCCAUUGGAUUUAUUUAAUAAUUGUCUGAAAUGAUACUGGCGAAGUAAGCAAUUGUAAUAAUGUUCUUAUUUUAAUACUUUACAUUAACAUUAACCACAUAUUAGUCAGAAUAGAGGAAUGGUCCAUGCACAAUCAAAUGAUGUUGUUUUUAUUUAUGUUGGCAGUGACUGAUUCCCAUGCACCAAGAGGCCUCACAAACGGUUCAAAUGUCAAUAAAAUGUUUGACCAGCAGGGGGGGUUGUGUGCUCAUGAAGCCUCAAGAAAUUAACCUUUUCUUGGACCAGGUUCAAGCAAAUACUGUACUAUUCGGUUCCAUAUUUCUGUUUGGCUGUAUGUUUGUGUUCAAGAUAAAAUAAGAAUGA